GGUUGAUUAGACCCCAAUACAAUCACAGCACGCUUCUAAACUCUGAGAAUGAAUAUCGUAAGAUCGAAGCAAUAACCUUUUCUCUGCCGCCACUGAUUACGAUCCCUCACCCACAAACCCUCAUUCCGACUCACACACAUAACCGCUGUUAGAUUUUCUAGGUGGCAGCAAUGUCGACUCCUGCUAGGAAGAGGCUCAUGAGAGAUUUCAAGAGGCUGCAACAAGACCCACCUGCGGGAAUCAGUGGCGCUCCCCAGGAUAACAACAUAAUGCUGUGGAAUGCUGUAAUAUUUGGUCCUGAUGAUACUCCAUGGGAUGGAGGCACGUUUAAGUUGACACUCCAAUUUUCUGAGGAUUAUCCAAACAAGCCACCAACUGUACGAUUUGUCUCUCGAAUGUUUCAUCCAAACAUUUAUGCGGAUGGAAGUAUUUGUUUGGACAUAUUACAAAAUCAGUGGAGUCCUAUAUAUGAUGUAGCUGCUAUACUCACUUCUAUCCAGUCAUUGCUUUGUGAUCCCAACCCAAAUUCUCCUGCAAACUCAGAAGCAGCUCGAAUGUUUAGUGAGAACAAGCGCGAGUACAAUCGGAGAGUGAGAGAAAUUGUGGAGCAAAGUUGGACAGCUGACUAAGCUCAUCUUCAUAUGCUUGCGUGCCUUUGAAGGCAUGAAUUAGGUGUCACUGCUGCCUAUAAGAAACAUCGUGCCAACUCACCGAAUUUAUGUCGUAUUCCUUCCUGUUUUGAAUGUUAGGAUCAUCACAUCUUUAAUUCAUUGUAGUUUUUGCAUUGUCCAUGUCAGUUCAUGUAUUAUAGAAUUCUCUGUCGAUUUGCAUCAUAUUGGGACGGUUCAAUGUAUAAGUUGUAGUUUUCUGAAUUGGUUAUGAAUUGUGAUCACAGGAUAUUAUUAAACUAGCUUCAAUUUCUAUGUUUUCCUUGUCACAUUGCAUCUAGAUGGAUCUUGGUUUCAACCUUGUGACCGUGAAGUUGACGUUUCUGCCUAUGAA